UCGCGGGAGCACCGCUCUCGUAUAAUCUCGCGCGAGGAGCCGGCUCUCCCUUUUCCGCGGCGCGGUGGCACUAUGGCGGUCGGCAAGAACAAGCGGCUGACUAAAGGCGGCAAGAAAGGCGCCAAGAAGAAAGUGGUUGAUCCUUUCUCCAAAAAGGACUGGUAUGAUGUCAAAGCGCCAGCCAUGUUUAAUAUCAGAAACAUUGGGAAGACUCUUGUUACCAGGACUCAAGGAACUAAAAUUGCCUCUGAUGGAUUGAAGGGUCGUGUAUUUGAAGUGAGUCUGGCUGAUCUGCAGAAUGAUGAGGUUGCCUUCCGUAAAUUUAAGCUGAUAACUGAAGACGUUCAGGGCAAAAAUUGUCUGACCAACUUCCAUGGAAUGGACCUCACCCGCGACAAAAUGUGCUCCAUGGUCAAGAAGUGGCAGACGAUGAUUGAAGCCCAUGUGGAUGUCAAAACUACCGAUGGUUACCUACUGCGCCUCUUCUGUGUGGGCUUUACGAAGAAGCGUAAUAACCAAAUCCGCAAGACUUCCUAUGCCCAGCAUCAGCAGGUUCGGCAGAUUCGCAAGAAGAUGAUGGAAAUCAUGACCCGAGAGGUCCAGACCAAUGACUUGAAAGAAGUUGUCAAUAAGCUGAUCCCAGACAGCAUUGGCAAAGACAUAGAGAAGGCGUGUCAGUCCAUUUACCCCCUUCAUGAUGUCUAUGUCCGCAAGGUUAAGAUGCUGAAAAAGCCCAAGUUUGAAUUGGGCAAGCUGAUGGAACUGCAUGGUGAAGGUGGUGGUGCUGGAAAACCUUCUGGGGAUGAGGCAGGUGCGAAAGUAGAGCGAGCUGAUGGAUACGAGCCGCCUGUGCAAGAGUCUGUCUGAAACCACAAAUUGACCAAAAAUAAAAGGUUUAUUACACACAACAAGUGUUUGGUUGCAUGUAUUGAUA